AUGGCAGGCGACCUCGUCCUCAUCACCGGCGCGACCGGCCAUCUGGGCUUCCGCGUCCUCCGCUACGCCCUCGAAGCAGGCUACUCCGUCCGCGCCGCCGUCCGUUCAGAAGCAAAGGCAGAGACUCUGAAGUCCAACAAAGCCCUCACGCCCAAAGAACGCCAAUCCCCCCUCUCCUUCGUCGUCGUCCCCGACAUCCUCGCCCCAGGCGCCUACGACGCCGCCGUCAAAGACGUCAAGUACAUCAUCCACGUCGCCUCCCCCUUGUCAGGAAACGCCCCUGGCGGCGACUACGACACCCACAUCAUCAACCCAGCCAUCCAAGGCACCCUCAACAUCCUCGAAGCCGCCAAGAAAUCCCCCUCCGUGAAGCGCGUGGUGAUAACGUCCUCCGUCGUCGCCAUCACGCCCGUCGCGGGCUUCGCGCCCGACAACAACGCCGCGACCGCUGACCCCGUCACAGCGACCUCCCGAGUCGAGGAAUUCACCGGGCCCUACCCGAACCCGCUGGUCGCCUACAUCGCCUCCAAAGUCGCGGCCCUGAACCGCGGCGAGAAGUGGAUGAAGGAUAACAGCCCCCCCUUCGACCUCAUCCACAUCCACCCCUCGUACAUCGAAGGCCGCAACGACCUCGCGGAGAAACUGGAAGACUUCCAGUCGGGCACGAACAGGUUCAUCGUCAACCUCGCGCUGGGCGAGAAACCCGAGGCUCCCAAUCUCCUCACGACGAACCACGUCGACGACUCCGCGUACACGCACGUCGCCUCGCUCAACCCUGCCGUCCAGGGCAAUCAGUCCUUCCUCGUGACGUCCUCGGGACAGGAUGGCGUGAAGUGGAACGACGUCGUUGAGAUUGUCGGCAGGAGGUUUCCGGAGGCGGUGAAGAAGGGGAUUUUGUCGACCGAGGGGAACCAAGGGACGUAUUACUAUCCUUAUGAUGCGAAGAAGACGGAGGAGACGUUUGGGUUCAAGUUUAAGACGUUCGAGGAGCAGGUUGUCAGUGUCGUGGGGCAUUAUUUGGAGGUGUAUGAGAGGGAGAAGGGUGGGAAGUAG